AUGGAGAACCCCAGGCCCCAGCCCCCAGCCCCCACCCCCACCCCUCCCAUGGCUCCGCUCCCCGUCCCCGUCCACCCGCCAAUCGCCCCCAUCCCCGUCCCUCCGCCCCGCGCGCCCGCCGCCGCCGGCGUUGCUUCCAUGGCCUCCACCUCCACUUCCUCCGCCGGGGGCGGAGGCGAGGCCGAGUACGAGGUCUCCGACGACCACCGUGCCGCGCGGGAGCGCCACGAGCGCGCGGUGCAGGAGCUCCUCCAGCGGCGCCGCGCCUACGCCAUGGCCGUGCCCACCAACGACUCCGCCGUGCGGGCCCGCCUCCGCCGCCUCGGCGAGCCCAUCACGCUCUUCGGCGAGCGCGAGAUGGAGCGCCGCGACCGCCUCCGAGCCCGCAUGGUCCGGCUCGAGGCCGAUGGCCAGGUUGACCGUCUCCUCCGCGCGCAGGAGGACGACCAGGCCGCGCGCGCCGGCGAGGAGGAGGAGGAGCAGAUCCAGUAUCCCUUCUUCACCGAGGGCACGCAGGAGCUUCUCAAGGCGCGUGUCGACAUUGCACAGUACUCGCUGCCCCGUGCCAAGGCCAGGAUCGAGAGGGCCAAGCGCCGCCACGAGGAUCCCGAUGAGGACCCAGGGGCGGAGGCCGAACUCGUCGUGAAGCAGGCUGGGGAGUUUGUCCUCGAGUGCAGCGAGAUUGGAGAUGAUCGCCCUCUCACCGGCUGUUCCUUCUCUCGUGAUGCAUCAAUGCUGGCCACAAGUUCCUGGAGUGGAAUAAUCAAAGUAUGGAGCAUGCCACAAUUAACUAAGGUUGCAACCCUGAAAGGUCACACAGAACGUGCAACUGAUGUUGCCUUCUCUCCUGUUGAUGACUGCUUAGCAACAGCUUCAGCUGAUAGAACUGCAAAAUUAUGGAAACCAGAUGGGUCACUUUUGACGUCUUUUGAUGGCCACCUUGAUCGUCUUGCUCGCCUUGCUUUUCAUCCGUCUGGAAAGUACCUUGGUACAGCUAGCUUUGACAAGACUUGGAGAUUGUGGGACAUCAAUACUGGAAAGGAGCUGCUACUCCAAGAAGGGCACAGCAGAAGUGUGUAUGGAGUUAGCUUUCACCCUGAUGGUUCUUUGGCAGCAUCUUGUGGUCUUGAUGCAUAUGCUCGAGUAUGGGAUCUGAGAUCAGGAAGAUUGUUCUUUGCCCUUAAGGGCCAUGUGAAACCUGUCCUAGGAAUCAGCUUCUCUCCUAAUGGUUAUCUGGUUGCAACUGGAAGUGAAGACAAUUUCUGUCGAAUAUGGGAUUUGAGGAAAAGGCAAAUGUUGUACUCUAUACCAGCUCAUAAGAGUCUUAUUUCACAUGUAAAAUUUGAACCCCAAGAAGGGUAUUAUUUAGCGACUUGUUCCUACGACACCAAAGCAGCGCUGUGGUCAGCUCGGGAUUACAAACCAAUCAAAAGUUUGGUGGGCCACGAGUCAAAGGUUACUAGUUUGGAUAUUAGUGGAGAUGGACAGAAGAUUGUGACUGUGUCUCAUGAUCAUACAAUAAAAAUUUGGUCAUGCAGAAGUAGCACACAAGAUAAUGCAAUGGAGUUGGAUUGA